AUGUCUUGUAAAAGUCAGAAGAAGAUUGUAGGUUUAUGUGUCACAGCUUUUGGGGUGUUCCUGAAGUUUGGAGACACAGUUUUAUUGCGUAAUGUCGAGGCUUUUACCAACGGAAUAAGCAAACAACUAAUAUCAGCGGGACUUGAUAAUGUUUACAUGUCUAACCUUGAUUUAGUGGAAUUGCUACAAGUUCUGUCCAUACCACUUAUAGUCAUUGGUACCUUCUGGACUGUAUUCUCGUCAUGUGGAAUACAUGUUGCUAGGAAGAAAAUAGCUGUACUUUUAAUUCUGUAUGCAGUAUUCGUCAUGUUUGGACUGAUAUUGCAGGCAUCGUCUGUUUUUGCAAUAUUUGCUUACAGAAAACUGGUAAAUGAACAUUUGAAAUCGUAUCUUCUGACUAGUCUUCAUGAAAAUUAUCGAGGAUAUAACGAAACUAAUUUAUUUUCUCAAGCUUGGAAUAUAAUUAUGGUGAAGUGGCAUUGUUGUGGUGUGAAUAAUUACACAGAUUUUGGGCGAGCCGCUGCAUGGAGGCGCAGGCUGUUCCAGGAUGGUUGGUGGUUUGAACUGGAAACACCACUUACAUGCUGCAAUAUGGAGAAGAAGGAUCCAGAUGAUUUUGCUUGUGCUAUAAAUCCUACAGACCAGACCUCGUAUUAUUUACAAGGAUGCUAUUCUGCAUUCUGGACAAACUUUGAUUCUAAUAGAGGUGUUUUACUAGCUGGCAAUAUAUGUUUGAUGACAGUACAGUUGGUUCUCAUUAUCGCAAGUAUUUUGUUGGUGCGGGGAACUCGGCAAAGAGCAAAGAAACAAGUUGGAGAAAAGCAACAUGAAGAGUCCACUGCCGAAGAGAUAAAUACCAACGGACGCGAAUGUACACUAAACAAUGGCCUACUAAACCAUUUAUCAUUUCUUGGGUUAGGAGGACAAGGAAACGACGAUACCUUUCAACAAUAUCAAAGUGGCAAUAAACGCUUCUCAGUUAGUCCAGAUAUAUUAACACAACUAUUCUCAGGAACUCGCCGUUUUAGUCAAAUGCCAUCGUUCGAUUUUGGUAUUCCUCAGUCCCGAAUGUCGUCAUUUGAUUUUGGUAUUUCAUCGAGUCAAACACCUCCGUUCAAUUUCGGUGCCGCUCAAGGUCCAAUUAUUGUGCAGUUACCACAGCAACCGGCAACUCAAAAUUCUGCAUUGAAAGCAAUUACUGAAGCACCAGAAGCAGACUUAGCUGAAACAAAACCAAAAAUUGAUAAAGUCAAAAUUACUGAAUUGAAAACAGAUGUCCCGAAAAUUGAGCGGUGUAAAUCUGAAAAUUGCAUAAACGUUAUAAAGAAAGAAAGGAAAAGCCACCAAAGAGUAUCCGACAAUACCAAACCUGAGCUAAAUAGAAGGAAAACCCUUCCUCACGGUUUGCAUGAAACAAGUACUGUGAAAUGAGAAGGCCCUGGAAAAAGGAUCGACUCAAUAAUGAUAUUUGAUGGUUUGGUGUCACUAUGUUUGUAUAGUUUCUGGUUACUAAAUACUUUCAAUUACAAGAAAAAGAGUAGUCACAUUAUGGAAAAUUGAUAGUAUGUAGUAACGUAUGUAAUUAAGAUUUUUUAAAUGUGCAAUUAAUAUCAUAGCGCCUUACAAUUUUGCUCUUAUAACAAUUCCAAUUUAAUCAUACAUUUCUUUGGUUAACUAUAAUUAUUCAUAUAUCACAAAUAAGUUUAUUGUUUACUAAAAUAUAUAUAAAUAAUACUCUUAACUUAAAAAUAUUACUUGCGGUUACGGUGUCUUGCUCCAAAAGAGUGAGUGGAGUAUAGAUAUGUCAUUUACAGUCCUUCGGACUUACCAAGGUCAGUUAUUCACAAAUUGACCAUGAUGAUUUUUGUGAAUGUGAAAAUUAGUUGACAUAUUCUUGUAAGCUAACUCCACAAGUCAAAUAAGCAACCUUUUAAAAAUGUCUCUCUGUCCAGUGAUAUCUAACAGGUACCUAGUUUGUGAAUGUAGAAAUCAUGUUAGAAAGAUGUCAAGUAGAUGUAGAGUUUUGGAAUGUCAACAGUUAUUUCCAAGUGUAUGUUUGUUUCUGAAGGCAUCUUCGGUCUUCCUUUAAUAUUAAAAGAAAGCCGCCAUGGCGAUGACAAAAGUAUAAACAAACCAAUUAUCUCUGCAUAUAAAGGUCACAUAUUUGCAUUAAUUAAGACUUUCUGGACUUGCAUCCUUAUUACUUGAGAAGAAAAUGACUAUUCCAAUUUAUAUUAAUAUUUUAGUUACAUUCAAAUGGAAAUGGAAGAGAUCUGUUGAUGUGCAUCAUUCAUAUUUAGUUUUAAUGGAUCGCUAAAGGGGCCUCCGUGGCCAAGUGGUUAAUGCCGCUGACUUAAAAUCACAUGCCCCUCACCAAGUCGGGUUCAAGCCUCGCCCGUGAUAGAAUUAUGCACGGAGAGUCUCAUGGAGUCUUCCUCCAUCACAUGACUUAUAAUUGUGUCGGUGUGUCGUUAAACCAAACCAAAACAAAGAAGAAUCACUAAAAUAUAUUUAUUGCUUUCAAAAGUGUUUAUAUCCUUACUCGUAUAAUAAACAUGUAUAAACAUAUG